AUGGAUGACGAUUUAACAGAGAUUGAAAAAACUAAAGCAUACAUUUUAAACUUAUGUUCCGCUAUUGGCGGUUUAGAAGAAGUCAAACAAGAAGAUGGUUCCAUCACUCAAAUUUAUUGUGUUGGUGAUGAAGCACUUGCUUGUUUAAGAGAUUUAAAGAAAGCCAUUCGUCUAGAUAGUCAAAAUAAUGAAAAAAUCGUAUUAAAUGCACUUGUCGAAUAUAACGUAAUUGAAACGGAUAUUGUACCUUUGAUCUUGUCCUUUCGACAUCAACGUAAUGAUGUAGCUCAUCGAUUUAUUCUUGCUUGUGUUGAACUGCUGGUACCGAUGACAUGGCCUAUUGAAAAAAGGCAAGCUCUCGAGGAACAAGAAGAAGAAGAGAACCCAAAUAUAAUGCAUUGUUAUCGAAAAUAUAAAUUAGAUUUAUUAACAGAAGGUGUAUUUGAGACUAUAUUAACUAUGAUUAUGAAAUCUGUUCGUAUACCACAUAGAGAUCGAUCUGUUGUUGAUCAUACAACUAUUCGUCUCGCCCUUUACUUAUUUCGUAAUUUAACUGCUAUUCCUGAUCUUAAUACUUCUUUAUCAGGAGCUACAUCAGAACAAAUACGUAUGGCUCAUAUGCAAGAAAAACUAAUGAUCCGUUACUACGAAGCAGAUGUCAUUGAGUUCUUAUUAACAAUUGCAUCAAAUAGUGAGCGACAAGAGGGAACAUCCGAAUGGAAUGUGCUUGUCCUAGAAUCUUUAUUUAACCUCUUAAAACAUGUGGAUACAAAGGAUGUAUUUCUUUAUCAAUUUUCGGAAAGAGAGAAAAGAGGUGAACUGUAUGAGAUCUCUGCCAAAUUGUCAAAUUUAUUAACAGAAGAAACAAAGCUUAAAAGGCAAAAAAUAAAUCAUGUAUCUUCAAGACAUAAUCGAUUUGGUGGUACUUAUGUACUUGACUGGGACGGAAAAAGACGAAUUUCUCAUCGACAAGAAGCUGGCUAUGCAGAUGCGGCAACAUUGAUCGAAGGUGAAAAAAAGAUAAAUCGAAUAGGUGUCAAACGUAAAUUAGAGGAGAAUAUAACGAAAAGAAAAGUAUAUGAAAAUCGAAAAGCCCUUAUGUAUUUGAAAUUAACAGCACAAUCGUUUAUUGUCUCUUGUUUUAAUGCUUUUUAUGAUUCAUUAUUAAAGGAUAUGCAGCGUGAAGAUGCUAAAAUUGUUGAUCAGGAUUAUGUUCGUUACUAUUUUACUAUGCGUUGGUUCCUUGAAUAUUUCCAUUAUGAACAACGAAACAAUAAUAAACAAAAGGCUCAAAAUCAACUUAUUUUACCAAACCAGAAUGAGUCGUCAUCUUAUUUUAGCGAUCAAGUGUUCGAUUUUGCAUUAAUAGCGAGUGCUAUCAAUUUACGUACAGUUUUAUUUUGUUUGCGUCAGAUGCGUAUUAAAUUGGAUGAAAAAGCGUGGUUGGAUGUCCAGACUGCGGCCGAUUGUUUGCGUUAUAUGCUAGUGAUUAUUGGUAGUAUGUCAGUUGUUGAGGAUGAAGAUAGCCAAGAAUAUCGUGAAAUUGCUGAACAUAUUCAACAAAAUUUAUUUUAUGAGCAGACAUCAUUUGAGUUGUUUGUGGAUAUUAUAAAGUGCUACAAGUCACAAUCGUAUGGAUACUUGAAAGCAGUCAUCAUGUUGACACAUGUCUUUUUAAAACUGUUGGAUCACUAUCAAAAGAGUAAAAAGAUGAUGUUUAUACGUAAAAGGACCAAUAAGAAAGCAAAGAAAAAGAUGAUAGACAAUAAUAUAAAGGAUGAUGAUGAUGAAGAAGAAGAAGAAGCCAGUAUUAAAGAAGAUGAAAAAGAAUACAAAGACUCUGUUUUCAAAUUCUCCGCAUUUGAACAAAAAUACAUUAAUUGGGAUGUGGUUAUUGCCUAUUGUACACUUUUAGAAUGUUACCAGGACUUGGAACCUGAGUAUUUGACGUGUAUUACAACCAUGUUUCACCGUAUGAUGGUUAAACGAAAAGCAGAAUAUUUGUUUUGGAAGUUACCUGUGCUGGAAUUAUUUAAUCGCAUUUUAAUAGACUUUAAAAAUAUACCAAGUACACAAAAAACUAGAGAAAUGGGACAAUUGGAAGAAUUUAUUCGUUAUGCCGUAUAUCAAUUCUUUAAAGGUGCAAAAGAAUAUCCACUCUUAUUUGUAGAAGCACUUGUGCCUAGUAUUAAAUCAAAUCGAACAAUGUGGGAAAUAUCACCACCACCAACUGAAGAAGAAUUAAGAAGAGAUGAAGAAGAAGCAAAAUAUUUAGCUGAUGUAAAUUAUAUUCCAACUAAUGAUAAUAAUGAGGAUGAACAACACCAAUCCAGUAAUAAUGAUGAAGAAGAAGAUCUUUUAGAUGAAGAUAUGAUGGAUUAUUACUUUUCUGAGUUUGAUAAACAAAAGGAAAGAGAAGAAGAAGCAGCAAAGACUACUUCUGGUCAAUCUGAUAAAAGUGAUAAUCAUGAUGAGAUUGUUCCUAAUCAAUCAGAUAGCAUCAUUGAUAAUCAUCGUGACACGCCUAAGGUUGAUUUAAGAACAUCAUCAACAUCUCUAAGCAAAGUAUCUGCUAAUGCUUCAAGUAACGGUGUAAAUUGGGAUACUUUCUUUGAUUAAAAUAAUAAAGAUGGAUUCUAGUUCUUAAAUUAGUGAUAUUAUCUAAAAGUAAAUUACACAUGGUUUUUCACAUGUAGAACAGUAAAGAAUUUCUUUGGAAUUGAAACUCAAGAAUAGCUGAUAAAUUGUAAUAAAUAUUUUGUAUUACUGUGUUUUACUUUUUU